AUGAUUGAUUUUUUUUUAGAGAAAAUUGCCAACGAUCAAUAUAAUCGUGUUGUAAUAGCUUAUGAACCUGUUUGGGCUAUUGGUACUGGUAAAGUAGCCACACCUCAACAAGCUCAAGAAGUUCAUAAACAUUUACGAAAAUUUAUUGAACAAAAUGCAAAUGCUGAGAUUGCGAAAAAUAUUCGUAUUAUCUAUGGUGGUUCGGUUAGUGGAUCAAACUGUAAAGAAUUGGCUCAACAACCUGAUAUUGAUGGAUUUCUUGUUGGCGGCGCUUCACUCAAACCUGAAUUCGAACAGAUUUGCAAAUCGCGUCAAGAUUAG